CAGAAUAACUGACAGAAUCUAGAAGAAGGAGGCACAUUCACUGAAUAUGGAAGAGGAUACCAAACCUCUCGUGGUUCCUGUGGGAGGCGAUGAAAGCACUUAUGGAAUCAUGAAUAUACAGUUUAAUCCAGAAGAUUUUAAGUGCAAAAGACCAUUUCAUGUGGAGCCUACAAACAUAGUCAGUGUGAACGAUGACACGCAAAGAGUCACUGAUGAAGCUUCAGCAAUGAAUAAGCGGAUUCAUUACUAUAGCAGGCUCACGUCUCCUGCAGACAGGGCAUUGAUUGCUCCUGAUCAUGUACUUCCAGCUCCUGAUGAAAUCUACGUCUACAGUCCAUUAGGAACUGCUUUUAAAGUUGACAGUUGCACAGAUGGCUAUGGUAAAAACUCCAGUAUAGUGACAAUAUUUAUGAUAUGGAAUACAAUGAUGGGCACAUCUAUAUUAAGUAUUCCAUGGGGAAUAAAACAGGCAGGCUUUACUUCUGGAAUCAUUCUCAUCUUACUGAUGGGCAUUUUGACUCUUUACUGCUGCUACAGAGUUGUGAAAUCGCGGAAAAUGAUACCUUUAGUAGAUACCUCGAACUGGGAGUUCCCAGAUGUUUGCAAAUAUUACUUUGGAUCUUUUGGCCAAUGGUCAAGCCUCUUAUUUUCUAUGGUAUCGCUUGUUGGAGCCAUGGUUGUUUAUUGGGUGCUUAUGUCCAACUUUCUGUUCAACACAGGAAAGUUUAUAUACAACUUUGUUCAUGACAUUAAUGUAACAGAUAUUGUUCCUGGGACGAAUGGGAGUAACAAAGUCAUUUGUCCAAGUGCUGCUAGUGGUCACCCACCACAGAACAGAAGUGUGAUGUUUUCUUCUGGCAACAGCACAGGCUUUGAACUCUUCGAGGAGUGGUGGGACAAAUCACAAACAGUACCAUUUUACCUGAUUGCUGUUCUUCUACCUCUGCUAAAUCUGAAGUCUCCAUCCUUCUUUGCAAAGUUUAAUGUCCUAGGUACGGUUUCAGUUGUCUACUUAGUUUUUCUGGUUACUGUAAAGGCUGCUCAUCUGGGAAUCCACUUAGAAUAUGACUGGUUUACAGAGACUGAUUUUUUUGUACCAGAAUUUAGAAUUCUGUUCCCUCAGCUCACAGGGGUUCUGACACUUGCCUUCUUCAUCCACAAUUGUGUCAUCACACUUCUUCAAAAUAACAGGAAUCAAGAAAACAAU